AUGUUCGAGGGUGAUACGGACAAAGUAUGGUUCCAGAACAGACGCGCAAAAUGGCGGCGGCAGGAAAAAAUGGAAGCGGCGCGGCUCGGAUUGGCAGAGUACGGAGCUCCCGUCCCACGUCUGGGCCUUGGACUUCCAGUGGACCCGUGGCUGGCGCCACCUCUCCUCUCCGCACUGCCUGGCUUCCUGAGCCAUCCGCCCUCUGGCUACCCCAGCUACCUGACGCCCCCCGCGCCCCCUGCACCCUCCCCCGCGCCCGACCCGCGCUCUUCCUCCAUAGCGGCGCUCCGGAUGAAAGCGAAAGAACACGUGGAGUCGAUAAGCAAAGGCAUGCAAAUGGUC